CCAAGGAAUCUCUUUAUAUUAUCCCUGUGCUGCUAGGGAUAUGACGGAGAGAUUGCAAAAGCAGGAAUUGUUUAGGAUCAAGAAGCCAUGAAUAAGGACAGAGGUGGACAAGCUGGUCAGGAAUUUAUUUUGGGGGCACGAGGUGCUGUCCAGCCUGCCCCUUCAGAUGAUGAUAUGCUUCAAUGUCUUCUACUUCCCAUUCUGGUGCCUGUCCGAGGGGAUAAUGCUGGCAUUAAAGUAUGGCCUGCUGCCUUGCUACUAUCAGUUCCUUCUUGCUGCCACCUUCUUUAUUAUCACAUCAGCUGAAGGGUUACGCUUGUAUCUUGGAUACAUUGGGAAUCUACAAGAAAAAACUGGUCCCAGGUCUACUUGUGAGCACUCUCUGCCCCAGGAAAGCGAUGUUACUAACAGAACAAACACACUUGAGUGAUUCGGAGGGGAAUGAGAACAAUGAGAAGUCUGAUGAGGAUAGCAAGAGGGAGGAAGAGUGGGAUACUGACCUUGAAAUAGAAGAAACUAAGGAACCUUUUGACCCAACAGGAAAGACCAGUUACAUAGCAGCUUGCCAACGAUAUGGUGUGGUACCCAUAUCUUAUUUCCUGCAUCACAUGAAGGACUCUGAACUAAUUAUGAAGCACCAUGGACUUGGCCCACAGGGCACCAAAGCUUUAGCACUUUCCUUGAUGACCAACACCUCCAUUGUAAAGUUAAACCUGAGUGAUAAUUGGCUGAAUGGAGAAGGGGCAGCUGCAGUUGCAGAGAUGUUAAAAGAAAAUUGUUACAUUUCAGAUAUUGACUUAUCUGACAACAGACUCGGAGUUGUAGGAGCUGAAGUCCUUUCUGCUAUGCUUCUAGAGAAUACUACAGUUGUUAGUUUUAAGCUUUCAGGAAAUGAAUUUAAUGACCAUGCUGCUAAGUAUCUAGCAAAUGCCAUCCUGGCUAACAAAAAAAUGGAAUUUCUGGAUCUGUCUCAUAACAUGCUUGGUGACACAUCAGGUGAGGUUCUUGGUAUGGCAGUAGCAGAAAAUACUGGACUAAAGGAGCUUAAUAUCAGCUGGAACUACUUCCGUAGCCAAGGAGCAGCGGCCUUAGCCAAAGGCUUUGGGGCAAACAUAUUCCUCAGAGUUCUGGAUAUUUCGUACAAUGGCUUUGGCAACAACGGUGCAGCUGCCCUAGGGGAGGCCCUUAAAGUCAACAAUGUGCUAGAGGAACUCAACGUUAGCAAUAAUCGCAUUUCACUGGAAGGAGCACUACGCUUUGCAGUAGGCCUGAAAGAAAACCAAACCCUGAAGAGCCUUAAUAUGGCCAGGAAUCCCAUGCAGAAUGAAGGCUGCUUGGGAGUUGUCAAAUCCAUACAAGCAAAUUCCAGUGCUGUGAUAGAAAUCCUGGACUUCUCAGAGAUCCCUGUGAACAAAGAUUUUGCAGACCUGUGCGAUGCUGUGAAAAUGCUUUUCCCAAAUCUUCAGAUCAGACAUGAUAGAAAUGCAACCUUGCAUAUAAUAAAAAAAAAUCAAAGACUGAGAUCCAAUCUUGAUUCAGCAUGAAGCGUGAUUCAUAGAAUCCAUUGGCCUAAAAGGAACCUCCUCAAGGUUGCUUUGGAUAUGCCUACCCAGACUGCAGAAGCAUCUCCCAGCCUGGGAAAGCAAAUUUGGGUUUGUGGGGUUUAUGCUAAAAAUAGGUGUGUAGACAACACUUUGAGAUUACAGGUUGAGCAAGAGCUCAGGCCUCGAUGCUCACUUGUCUCACAAGGCUUCAGCACCCUGAGCUGCACUGUCAAAGUGCUGUCCCUUCAGCCCCGCAAACCCAAAUUUGUCUGCCCAAACUGGGAGUUUCUCUUCUGCGGGCUGUGUAGAUGCACUCUUUAUCUUGGGCCCUGCAGUGUGGAAAACUCUUGUUAUCAGUGAGCCAUGUCCAAACCUUGAUAUGAGGAUUUUCAGCAGCAGUGCUACAGGUGUCUGUCGUGGAAACAUUUGCCAUUCACUCAUUGAUGUAAUUGUUAAAAGUGUCUCCUUGCUGUAGCUUUAUAUUAAGUGCACUAGAUUUGUUGCUUUGACCUGGUACUGGAUCUCACAGCAGUGUUCUCCUAAUGUAGGACAAUCUCCAAUGGUUGCAGAGCCAGCAUAACCAGUUCCUUACACUACCUUUCUCCUUCAACCUUCUGUACAGUGCUUUUGUCAGGGCAGGGAGCGGGCCUGACUGGAAUACUCUGUCUAGCUACACCUUCCCUCAAGUCUAUG